AAUCGCUAAUAGGUGCUUCGGAGGAGACGACGACCUUUGAAUAAUCCAUGCUGCAUCAAAUCACCUAUUUUUAUUACGGAUGUAUCUUCAACCGAAAAGGUGCUUGAUGGGUGUAACAUCAGAAAUAGACUUUUUCCUCCAUCAUCUCCUUAUAUCAUCGGAUAUCAAUCACAAGAACCGUUUUGAUGUGAUACUACUUUAAGAUCAUGUUCGCAUGCGCCGCGAUAUGUAUGUAACGUUCAUCCCUCAUUCAUUUCGCCCCCAUUCAGCAGUCUCCCGAUUUUCGGAAAAGGGGAACUUUAGUCGUGUAAAUCCACAGAGUAUCUUUUUCCUUUUUCCUUUUUCCUUUUGCAAUCAACGUUAUCUACAGAAAAUCCCCGUCUAUCAUGUCUCAAGCAGCCAGGCACGUACAUACAUACUAGGAACUCACAAGGGAAGUUCGAUUCGGACCGUCCCUGAUAUGAUGGAGAUUAUUAUCUCAUUCACAUUAACAUCCGUUUCCGCGAACCUGCGUGCGGGACUCCAACCUAUCGCUUCGUUUCAUCUACUUCGAUAUCUCUUCCAUGAACUCUAAUUUUCAUUCUGACUACAGUAGCAUUGUUUCACGGCAUGAAGAAAAAUGACCACCAGUGGACCAAGCGGAAAGCUACUGCUUGAGUGGAGUCAAGAGAGGUAUAACCACCAUAGCGAGAUCGGAGUGAGGCAUUUGGCAUUUGGCAUUUGGAAUUCGGCAUUGUGGCGCAUCUGUAAGACUUGAGUUGAGGCAUGGAAUUAGAAACUUCUCCUUCUCCUUCUUCGAAACGAUGUGUAGGUUCCCGAGAGCGAAACGUGGUGUUCACACCUCAAAGUGCGCAUCGAUCAUCUUUAGUUUGGUGGUACAAUAUCUUGACGUAUGUGGCUAGAGAUGCGAAGAGCUCCUUUGAGCUUUCAUCCUUACCUGGUAGUCCUAGUCUGUUAGAGAUUGUAAAGCUUUGCGCUCUUUCAGGUAUUUUUAAUUCCUCAUUUGAGGUUACCGGGUCUCGUGAUCGCAAUUCCCAUGUUCAGUCAGAUCUCACAGAUAUUUUGAUUUAUAUUUACAGCUGGAGUCACUUUGAAAUCAGAAUCCUAUGGCGGUCAACCAUAACAGGAAAGUUGCCACAAGAUUUGGAAUAAUUGCGUGCUUGCACAGCUCUCAGCAUGUGGAAUCAAUUGAACUUUUCAUGCUCUCCUAUUGGACAAAGUCAUGAUUUGUCAGAUUCGUGGAAGCUUGGGCCAGCUUUUUCUUAUUGUUCAACCCCUCCAUUGACCAUGACGACUUGAUACAAUUGCCACUUCAGAUUUGUUUAUAUUGAUACUUAUAUCCUCAAUUGUCUUUGCGCAUACCUACAGUACAUUAUUUACAAAAACAACCAUACCACUGAAUCCGAAUAAAGUCCUCCAACCCAAUAUUAGAGAUCUUUGAUAAUCUCAAAUUCUACAAUCUGCCUUCCCAACCUAUCUCUUUCAAACUUUUCCUCCUCCUCAUAUUCCUCACAAUAAUGGCAGCCAUGCCCAAUUUCCUCAACCGUCUCAUCCGGCCCUUUACAUCCUCCUCCUCCUUCUCCGUUACCCCCGCCGCAUCACAAGUAUCCGUCCCUGAAACCGCGCAAAAAUGUACCAUUGCCGCAGGUUGUUUCUGGGGUGUCGAACACAUGUAUCGCAAAGAGUUUAGCGGAAAGGGCUUGUACGACGCGCGUGUUGGAUACAUUGGAGGCGAUACCGAGAACCCUAGUUACAGAGCCGUGUGUUCCGGUUCUACUGGACACGCGGAAGCCCUUCAAAUCCACUACGAUCCUGCACAAAUCACAUACCGCCAAUUGAUAACCUAUUUCUACCGCAUGCACGAUCCUACAACUUCAAAUCAACAAGGUCCAGACAGGGGCUCUCAAUAUCGAUCUGGAAUCUUCUACCACAAUGAAGAACAAGAGAAAGAAGCGCGGGAAAUUACUAAGCAAGUCAAUGAGAAAUGGUGGAAGGGAGGAGUAGUCACAGAAAUUCUGAAGGCGGGAGAGUGGUGGGAUGCGGAGGCGUAUCAUCAAAAGUAUCUGGAUAACAAUCCAGGUGGCUAUGAAUGUCCCAGUCAUUUUGCGAGAAAAUUCCCGCCGUUGGAGGACUAGUUUGUGAUGGAGAGAAAUUUGGGGAUUCAACAUGAUAGAUGAUAGAUGAUGGAAAGAUUGAUGAUUUGCGGGAGGAUUGUGGGUGCAGUGUAUUAUACCGAAAGAUUUUAAUUUUGCAAAACAUACAUACUACUUCAUCAUCGCAAGAAUGACUACUAUUUCCAAAACAUCUGAAAAUCUUGUCGUGAAUGAUGUAUCAAGUAUGGCAACCACGGUAUUG